UAAUAAAUGUGCAAAUGACAGACGUUGCAUAAACGAACACUAAAUUUGAUUUCAAUUUCAUCACAAUAAUUGUAUAAGUUCAUAAGGUCAAGUACGAUUUCAACGAUUUUCCCAUACAAUGCACCAAAAUACUAUUUAAAGGUGGGACUGUAUAAAUACAGCGAGUUAGUAAUCACGGAGGGUUAGACUAUUUUAGAAUUUGCUCGAGAUCAUGCACAUACAAAGUUUGUUUUGUGCCAUUGUUGGUCUGCAGUCGAUCGUGUUGGUGUCCGGAGUGGUUCCCGGCGAAAAUAGCAAGAUCCUAAAGUACGAAAGUGAAGGUGUCAACAGCGAUGGCUCAUACAGGUGGAGUUACGAAGCGGACAACGGUAUUGCUGCCCAGGAGCAAGCCCAUGUGAAGGAAUCUGGAAGUUUGGGAGUGCAAGGCUCCUACCAGUACACGGCUCCGGGAAAUAUUCCAGUUUCAAUUGUCUACAUCGCCGAUGAAAACGGGUUUCAGGUCCAGGGAAAUGUGCUUCCCGAACCGCCACCGAUACCUCCAUGGAUAUUAAGAGCUCUCGAGUGGAACGCGGCACAUCCAGAAGAAGAGGAAGAGGAGGAGAAUCGCAUACGGCAACGAAAAGCCAAACAUAAGUAAUUUAACCAUCCUAAUGUACUAUACCAAAUUCUCUAGGUAGUAAUAGAAACACUUUUAAGCGGGUCUCCUUUUUUUUUAAAUAUAGUUAAGACGAGAC